AUGGCGUGUGCAACAAUAUUUUUAUUUUUAUGUUGCAUUGCCAUUUAUAUCCAUGUGCUGAGAAUAAAUGCUGAAUUAGUACUCAAAAAUAUGAAUCAAUCAGUGAACCCAUGUGAAAAUUUUUACGAUUUUGUAUGUGGUAAAUCUAGUACUGAUUCUAUACUAACAUCAAUUCACAACGACAUAGUUAACGUAUUGAGUGAUUUAAUAAUGGAAAAAACGUCUGAAGAUAGUCCAGAAUAUUUGAAAAAGCUACAUCGGUAUCACAAGGCUUGUAUGGAUGAAACUGCACCAAACACGCGAGCUGAAGAUGAUCUGAAAUAUUUAUUUGAUAAGAUUGGUUGGCCUUUUUUGGAAAAAGAUAAAUCAUGGAACGGAAUGGAAUUAGAAUGGACAGAUAUUGCACUUCAAUUUCACAAAAUAGGCUUACCUUUCAACUACUUUUUACAAUUAUCAUUCCAAAUCAACAUAACGAAUAGUUCAAAGAAAGUGAUAUAUCUGUCAAAUCCUGUUUUGGGAACCCAAACGGAAACUUUGCUGCAAGCCUUCAAUGAUUCUAAUGUACGAAAUUACAAAUCAUACAUGAUCAACUUGACAAGAAUGAUAGUAACAAACAACAAUAAUAAUAUGGAAGGGGAACUUGAACAAGUACUCAAAUUUGAGAUGGAACUAGCAAAACUCCUACCACUGACAAAGAAACAAAACAAUAUUUCAAGUUUAUACACGGCUAUAUCGGUCAAAGACUUGGAAUCAAGGUAUCCGUGCGCGAAUUGGCUCAACUACCUAAACGAAAUCCUAACGCCGUUUGCAAGAAUCGACGCAUCAGAAAUAGUUUAUAUUCUGGAACCCACGUACUUUGAAAAAUUUUGCGAUCUCAUGACAAACGGAGGAUCACCUAGUCGUGUGUUGGCAAAUUAUGCCUUCUGGAGAGCCAUAAAUGACGCACUGUUGUAUCUAAGCAAACAAACCCGUGAAACUAUCCGUGGAAUAAUUGAUGAAGCUGACAAUGAUGCGGAUAAAAAAGUCAACAGAAAGAGGAUGUGCACGACAACUGUAAAUGACGAUAUGUAUCUAGCCACAAGCGCAUUGUACGUUCAAAACGUUCAUAACAAUAAUUACUCGAAUACGACUGCAAUUGAAAUGAUGUUGAAAAAUAUACAAGCGAUUUUCUAUCAGACGAUCAAAAAGGUCGGUUGGUUGGCUGAUGAGACCAAGGAUAAAAUUCUCAAGAAAAUUUCUCAGAUGGAUCUACUGAUAGGAUAUCCGAAUGAGCUUCUCGACGACUCUCACCUCAACCAUUAUUACAAGGACCUGGAUGUGCCAAUGAACCAAAAUGCUUUGAAAACCGCGUUGAGUUUGUACAAAUUUAGGUGGAGAAAAGAAAUCGAGGAAUUCACGAAACCAUUCAACAGGUCAGAUUGGACUGGAGUAUUUGGCCAUGUCACUCAGUUAGAUGCUGCGUAUUCGUUUCAAAAUGCGAUGUACCUCUCUAGGAUAACGAUAAAUCCAUCACUUUUUGAUGAAAAUGUUCCAAAUUACAUGAAUUAUGGAAUGUUGGGAUUCAUAAUGGGCCACGAGAUGGCCCAUUCAGUAUCGAUGUAUACACGAUUAUUUGAUGAACACGGCAAUUUACACGAUGAUGAUUGGUGGGAUGCCAAAAGUACGGAAAUUUAUAUGAAUAAAUCCAAAUGUAUCAUUGAUAAAUACAAUGCCUACGCAUAUCAAAAUUCUGAGCUACACACCGACGGUGAACUCACAGUUAAUGAAAAUUCAGCUGACAUAACCGGCUUGCAAAUCGCUUAUCACGCGUACCUGGAUUCGAUUAAAAAUAAGCUCGAGGAGCCACUUCUGCCGGGUUUUGAAAAGUACACGCGUAAUCAAAUGUUUUGGAUCGCCUCCGGCUCAUCUUGGUGUCAAGAAAAUCAAGCAUCGAGUAGCACUGAAAGUGGCAUGACUGCGGAUCAUCAUGCACCAGACAAGUUACGCGUUAUAGGGACCGUGUCAACUCUGAAGGAAUUUUCAAACGAUUUCAAUUGUAAGCCAGUAGAUGCUAUGAAUGCACCUAUAAAAUGUGACUUGUGGUGA